AUGAAUUCCUCCCAACUACCACCUCCGACUAUGGAUCGUCCUCCUCUCUCCCCGCCCUCUGAGCCUACAUCCUCUCCCACCACCAAACCCGUCCCAUUGGACUCGUCCAUCCGCACGACCCCGAUCCAUCCUCUCCUGCCCGGCGUGCGCGUCCCGAGUGAACCAUUGCCACUUUAUAAAUACCACCCAGUCACUUGUGCGCCGAUCGACCCCGAAGAACACCGCGCGCAGCUUGACGAACUGCGCCAGGAAUUCCCUACCCCAGAGGCCGCGCUCAAGGCACAAGAGGAAGCGGCCCAGGAAGUCAAGCAGAAGAUCGAAGAAGCGGAGAGGAAGCGCGAAGAUGUGCAAAAAGCCAUGGAUAAGAAAGUCAAGGAACGGAAUACCGAAUUGAAGGUCCUCUCGAAGUAUCAGGAGGUUAAAACUUAG